AUGACGGUGACCUACACAAGCCGUGUGGCUAAUGCCCGCCUGUGCGGGUUUUCCAAGCUGUUGUUACAGUGGAAGGGCAGCAUAUACAAACUACUGUACAAGGAGUUCCUCAUCUUCAUGCUGCUUUACCUCACUCUCAGCUGCAUCUACAGGUUUAUGCUGGAAGAGAGCCAAAAGCGCUUCUUUGAGAAAAUGGCCAUCAACUGUAACAAUUAUGCUGACCUGAUCCCAAUGUCAUUUGUGCUUGGUUUCUAUGUGAGUCUGGUUGUGUCUCGCUGGUGGAACCAGUACCAGAGCAUGCCAUGGCUAGACCGCCUUAUGUGCACCAUUUCCUGUCAUGUCCAAGGCACUGACGAGUAUGGCAGGAUGCUGCGUAGAACAUUGAUGCGCUAUGCGAACCUCGCCUCCAUCCUCACCUUCCGCUCAGUCAGCACUGCCGUCUACAAACGCUUUCCCACCACGAGGCACAUGGUGGAGGCAGGUUUCAUGACUCCAGAUGAGCACAGGAAGUUUGAAAGCCUGAAUUCUCCUCACAAUAAAUUCUGGGUUCCGUGUGUGUGGUUUGUCAAUCUAGCGGUGAAAGCGAGGAAAGAAGACCGAAUCAGUGACUAUGUGUCUUUGGCACACAUCUUCAGAGAGGUGAAUACCUUGCGCAGCCAGUGUGAGAGGCUAUACAGUUAUGACUGGAUCAGCGUCCCACUCGUUUACACACAGGUCGUCACCAUUGCUGUUUACAGUUUCUUUCUGGCAUGUCUGAUUGGUCGGCAGUUUCUCGAUCCCAGUCAGGGUUACCCAGGCCAUGAGCUCGACCUCUGCAUACCCGCCUUCACCCUGUUGCAGUUUUUCUUUUAUGCUGGUUGGCUUAAGGUGGCUGAGCAGCUGAUUAACCCUUUUGGCGAGGACGACGAUGACUUUGAGGCAAACUGGCUCAUUGACAGAAAUUUCCAGGUUUCUCUCCUGGCAGUUGACGAAAUGCAUCAGAACGUACCAGCUCUUGAGAAGGAUGAGUACUGGAAUGACAAUGAUCCUAAACCUCCAUACACUGCAGCAACCACUGAGCACCGGAAAACCUCCUUCCUUGGCUCCACUUUUGAUAUCAGCAUGCUUAAAGAAGAGAUGGAGUUCCAGCCCCUGGAACAGAUCAAUGAGAAUGAAGAAGUAAACCAUGCCACUCCUCUUCUGAGUAAUUUAGGACGACUCCUAGGAAUUCCAUCAACCAACUUGCAGAACAUUUCAAGAUCUACUCCUCGAAUUAACCUAAUAAGGAAGAGGAAUGGUGCAUUAUCACAGGCUGCUACGUACAGCUUCCUGAGCUCAGACCUAGGUUGUGUGGCCUUGGAUAACGAAGCAGGGGAUUUUGACAGCUUCAUCUCCUCUUCACUUUAUGAUAGACCUGGUUACUAUAGUGCUCCUCAAACACCCAUCCAAUCCAUUCCCAUGACAUUUCCACUCAAACGAAUUCCUUUAAAGAAGCCCUCUAUGCUUGCCAACAUCUCGGUCUCCUCUGCUGGAAACCAAGGAAGCAACAGCAGUGUGUCGGCCUCCAAAGCUGACGAGCUGGACAAGGGAAACAGCAUUAAUGUCAAUAAAGAUGCCUCCCUGAAUGAACCAUCUGAGAAGGUAAUAGUGGUGGACAGUAGUCAGGCAGCAACUGAAGUAGAAAGUGCUACAAGUAUCCACUCCUUAAACAACAAGGAAGCUCUUAUGCCUUCAUCCAGCAGCUUGAAUCAUGGUAGCUGUAAUAGCUUACUACUAGUUCCUGAAAGUCCACACUGUCUCUUCACAGACGGUUCUUCAGACACAGAUAAACUUAACGAAAUGAAACAAAAGCUUAAUACAAGCAUUGGUUUCCGAGCACGUAAGCAUCCUAGACUGACCCUAGAGUCCCUUGGACAUGCUAACAGUCCAGACCUUUCAAAUCCUUCACUCAACACUCCAAGCUGUGGUACAAACAUGUCCACCUUUUCGUUCACACCAGUUUCUUCCCCAAUGCUGGGGAGGUCAAGGAUACCAAGUGGGACCAUCUCUGGCACUGAUUAUAAGGCAGGAAGCACACCUUCCCAAGGGUUUUCUGAAGUGGGGACCUCUUCCAAGUACACCAAUAUAGCCACUCAAUCCAUGACCACUGCUGAAUGUACCGGCGAUGCCAAUAUGAAACCACAUCUGAAAUAUGAGACCGUGCCUCCAAAUGAUACAAGAUUCUCGCUCAAUGAUGGGGACCUAGUCAACUUGAUGGAUAUCAUUAUUGAAACAGCAGAAAACAUUCCUGAGAAUGGGAAGAUGGAUAGGCACUCAGAAGCAAAAGACUGA